AUGCACACAAUCAAUUAAUCGCAACAUAUAGCAAUCUGAUCAUCUUCAAAAAUCAGAUCUUGAAUUAUCCCAAAAUAUUCACCUCAACAACCGAAUUUCGAGGAACCUCAAAUUCAACCGGAAUUCUUGGUUUCAAUGUCUCAUCACUAGGGUUGAUAGUUAGGAAAACAUGGCUGUGGACAAAGAGUAUUAUGAAAAGCUGGGAGUUGGAGUUGAUGCCUCUGAUGAAGAUAUCAGCAAGGCUUACUACCAAAAGGCAAGAAAUGUACAUCCUGAUAAAGAUCAUGGAGAUCCUGAGGCAGCAGCCAAAGAUUUCAAUGCACUGGGAGAGGCUUAUCAGAUACUAAGCAACCCUGUGCAACGUGAAGCAUAUGAUAGAUGUGGGAAAGAUGGAGUAAUGAAGGACUCGAUGGUUGAGCCUACAGUUCUAUUUGGGAUGAUGUUUGGAAAUGAGAUGUUCGAGAAUUAUGUCGGGCAGCUUAGAUUGCUUUCUUUGACGCCUGCUGAAUUUGAUCCAGAUGAACCCCCUGAGGUUCAAAAACCCAAACUCGAGAAGAUAAUGAAGACAAUGCAAGAGGAGAGGGAAGAGAAGCUCGUAAAGCUUCUGAAAGAUCGCCUCGAGCCAUACAUCAAAGGCGAAAGGGAUGCUUUUGUUGAAACAGCGAAAUUGGAGUCCAAACGUCUCUGUCAAGCUGCUUUUGGCAAGGUGCUGUUGCAUACCAUUGGAUACAUAUACAGAAGGCAAGCUGCACGACAAAUCGGGAAGGGGAAGCGCUACAUGAAGGUCCCGUUUCUAGCAGAAUGGGUGAGGGAUAAACGACACACGAGAAACACGCAGUCUGCAGCAGCUCAAGCUGCUAUCGCCUACAUCCAUCUACGCGAGGAAUGGAAGAAGUGCAAUGAGGAGCAGGUCAAGAACGAGAAGACGCUGAAAACAGCAGAAAACAUCAAGGACGCGAUCUUUGUUUCCUUCUGGCAAAUGAACGUGGUGGAUAUUGAGACGACCUUGUCUCACGUAAGCCAAGCAGUUCUCAGAGAUAACAAUGCUUCCAAGGAUGUUCUGAGAAAACGGGCUCGUGCACUGAAAACACUCGGUAAAAUUUUCCAAGAGGAAGUGCUUUUCUCUGGUAUUUAGUGUAGAAAAAGGCAAGAAAAUGUGACAGAUGCAUUAAAGAUCUGUUGGGAUGGAGAGUGUUGUUAUAUAAGUAUGUAGAUGUGAAGUUUAAGUGAAUUUCCUAGCAACUACAGACAGGAAAAAAAUAGUUAUAUUCUAGCAAUGCAAUUUUCUCUCGCUUGAUUCACAACAUUUGUGUUUUCA